AUGGAAGAAAGCUUGUCGGAUAGAUACUUCAGCUUUCGGAACAGCUCAAAGCAGCGAAACACGUCGCAGAGGUUUUUCGAGUGGAUCCUGAACUACCCCCUGUUCAACGAAAUCCGAAACAGCAACCUGUCUAACCGCUUCAGCAGCCUCUGCGUAAACGACGGGGAACAUUUUUACCCGAAGCAGACGCAGGCAGAAGUGAAAAGGAGAAGAUCGAAGAAGAAGGACUCCAGCGUGCCCAUCAGCGAACCCAACGAACUGACCACGAAUUUGAUUGAAAAUGGAAUAAGGCAAGAAGACUACAGCCUCAUAGUGAACAACAAGUUUUACGCGAAGAUAAUUAAAAGGAGCGAACACAUUUACAAAACCUACAACGACGCUGUCAAGGACGAAAGAAAGAAAAAAAAAGUAUUUGAAAAAGUUAAAGAAAAAUAUUUAAAAAAAAGAGAAAAGUGUGGAAAGUAUAUUCCACCUGUAGUUCCCGUGAAUUAUUCUGCAAGGGAGAAAAAAAAAAAAAAAAAAAAAAUUUUGGACGAAGAAUUUAAUCCUUUUUUUACCUUUUUCGAAAGGGACAUUAACAAAAAUGUGUACCACCAGAGUAUCAAUUUUUCUCUGAAGACGAACAUCCACCUCAAUCGGUACUUUUACAAAGUGAUAACCAACCAGCUGCGCUACUACCGGAUUAAGAAUGACUUACGCGUCCCCGUCGUCAACAUGUUGAAUGAGAUUUCGAGGUAUUACCACAGUUAUGGCUACGACAUUUUGACAAACGUGAAGGUGAAGUACUUCCCCUAUAAGAGCCCCUCAAACAGCUUCUACAUCAACGGGCUGGUGUUCAGCAACUGCUCGAUAUACUUCGACGAUGUGGAGAUAAAGAACCCAAAAAUAUUGCUACUCGACGCGGAAAAAAAAAACAGCUACGAAGUGCUCGAGCAGUGUUAUAACAACAAAUACAAUUACACAUAUUUCAUUUUGAAAAAAUUGAGCAACCGAAAUUUGAACAUUAUUUUAAUUCACGGGGAAGUAGACCUUUACACGAAGAAGUUGCUAAUGAGUAAGAAGAUAUAUUUUUUCACCAGCAUUAAGAAGAAAAAUUUAUGCCGCCUGUCCAACAUGCUGCGCACGAAGGUUUUAAGUUACGACGACUUUGUAAACUUUGACAGCAACAGUUAUGUAGCCAAAGCGAAUUAUUUCAAAAUUGAGAGGUAUAGAAAAAACGUGAAGAAUAUUUUUCUCUGUUGUAGUGGGAAUUUUCUGACCAUCUGCAUAUUUGGGAGGAAGGAAAUCCGGGAUGGGGUCGAACCGCAGGUGGGGAGUACUCCCGCGAAUAGCACGUCCACAGUUAGUGAAGUCCCCUUUUCCAACUUUAAUAAUCCAAAUGAGAGACACACACCGGAGGGAGGAACCAAACCGCGGGGGGGAGACCUCUUCUACACGCUGCUUAAAAAAGAAAUGAAGAAACAAAAUGUACUAGAGAACUUCCUCCAAGUGUAUUACAAAAACAAAAGUGAUGAUUACUUAGUGGAUUAUUUUUUCCAACACAAAGAAAAAAAAAUAAGUCUAAUGGGUAGGGACAGACGCAUAAACAGGAGGGAGGCACUAAUCGAUCAUAUAAAAAAUGUAAUUAUAAUUAAGAAGGUUAAAAAGUUGCUAAAAUUUUGUCUUUUCUUAACCUUCCACGUGUAUAAACAGCUUCAUUUGAACAACUACAUGGGGAGAAUGCUGCAGAGAGUGCCGGUCGGAAGUAUACACACAAAUGCGAUUUGCGACAGUUUAUACAAAAAAGUGAGUGAGGCCAUUCUAUCCUCUUCCAUUUUUUUUUUCUACAAUGAUACGAAGAGGAAGAUAAAAAAGACGCCAAUAAAUUUCAUGUCAAAUUUGUUCCACUUAGUAAAUGUAAAUAACCCGCUGGCAAAAGAACGAAUGAAAAGUUUGCACAUGCUGAUUAAGGCAAAUAAAAUUAUUAAGGAACAAAUAUGCAACAAUUAUGAGCAUUGCUUCUUCAACGCUGGAAAAAAUAAAGUAAUAGACCUAGUGAAUUAUUUUUUUUUUAACAAUUUUAUGAAAAACUGGGAAAGCAAUUACAACUAUGUGUACUACUAUUUAAAAAUUAUUAACAGCUCCUAUUUGUACUGUAGUAGGAAAAAUUUAGUCACAAAGGAGGAGGAUUUUUUGAACGACUCAAAUUUGAUGUUCCAUCCUGUAUUUUCUAACGACGAAAUUGUGAUGGAGAGAAAGGUGAAUGAAAAGGCAGAGGAGAUUAUUGCCCAGAAUAUCCUUUUCUACUGCUACCAUUUGGAAGCAGCCAAGAAUAUAGAAAUGAUAACUUAUUUCAUCUGCCCCAAUUAUAUGUUCAUUAAUAAUUUGUACAAUUGCGUCAACAUGUAUCUCUUUGACAGUCAGAACCUCGGCGUGAAGAAGCUCUUCUACAACUUUUUCUUUAACCACAAGUAUAUUUGCGAUGUGUCUUUGCGGCAGUUCGUUUGCGCCAUGCAGGAGCUGGCCUACAGUUUGAACUGCCCCUUCGACGCGUGCGGGAACCAACUCGGCCACCACCAAAUUUGCAUCCAAAUAUUCCUGAAGAGAGUGCUGAUCACAUUUAAGAAGGAAAGCAGCGAUCGAGAAGAGGAGGAAGUGAGCAUGAACAUCAUCUGCAGCAGGUGUGACUUGCUCCAGGAGAAAGUGCUCAACAGCAGCGUUUCCCUCAGCGAAUUCCUUCUAAGCAUUAUACAAUCCGACAGUUACGUAAACGUCCAGUGCAACCACAAUGGGAAAAACAACGCCUACGAGUUGAGUUACAAAGAUUUGACAGUUUGCUUCCUCCUGCACGAUAACGAUAUUUAUAAGAGCAUCAAACUGCGCAGGAAUGGCAAAGCUGUGCAUGCGCGAAGCAGCGAAUGCAGCAGUGCGCGCGGCUGUUCGCACAACCACUGUGAUGGAAUCGCCAACUCAGAACGGAGAGUCAAACGCUACAUCAAGAAGAACAUGCAAAAGGUCAUCCGCAGUAGCGUCUUUUACCACUACCCCUGCAAGUGCGUAACGAGAAGGAAUAAGUGUAAAUUUGAAGAAGGCAAAAAAAUAAAAAAAAAAGAACAAGUGUACACAAAUUUUAACCUAUACAAUAUAAUCGAAAAUUUCCCCUUCUUUACGAGCUCCAUGCUCCCCAUGUACUGCUCACUAAAGUAUUUAAUUUACAGCUGCGUAAUACACUACUAUAGAUCUAAGAAUAGGCACCUUUAUGGGAAGCCGUCCUCAAAGAAGAGGAAAAAGGAGAAAUUUAAAAACCCCUCAUCCCCGUUGUACUUUACAAAUAAGUGUAAAAAAUGUAAGUACAUAAAAAUUGCCAACUUUUACACCCUAGGGUUCUUCAAUGUCUUAUUUAUAAUGAAGAGGAUUUUCUUUAACUUUUACAUCGCUGUGAAUUUUCUCAUCGGUUUGGUCAGCAAGAAUAUGCUCAUCAAGGUGAACGAAAUUGUCUACUGCGUGAAUAACACGGCGUACUUUAUAGAGGACAACUUUUUGCUUAUAAAGGGGGGGAUGGAAAGCGGCAGGGAGGAUGAGCAGUUGGAGCGGCAGGGGGGGCAGCAGUGGGAGUGGCAGUCGGAGCGGCAGUCGGAGAAGCCACAGGGGGAGCCACUAGAUGAGCACAAAAUGGAGGAACCGAACCAGAACGGCGAUGGAGCCAACGAACCGCCUAUCCAGCAAAAAGACGCUCUCUUGAAUGGCGUGAUGACCCAGCUGAUGUGUGGCGAUGAGAUGGAGGGUAGAGAAGAAGGAGGAGCGGAUGGCCCUGCACAAGCCAAGCAAUCUUCGCAUCAGCCAAAUGGGGAUGACACGCACAUGAAGGAGGAGGAAACCCUCAAAGGAAAACAAGUACCCUCGAGAGAAGCAGAAAGGGUCGCCAACUGUGACUCGAAACAGGUUAGCAGCAACCAAGCGUACAUCUUAAAAGACAUCAACAGGAUAAAGGAAAAUUUAAUAAAACAGUUCCUCCUAUUUAGAAAGUUUAAAAACAAAAUGGGGCACUACAAAAAGCACCUGACUAAAGUGUUCAGGCGCUUUUACUCCUACGCCAUUGUGCAUUUGAUGGAGAGGGAGUUCUCUCUGGACAUUGAAAUGGUUUUCUCCCUGUACAUUAUGACGUUGGAAAAAAUUAACUUACGAAUAAAGGGGGACGUCGAAAGGGUGACCAGGCUGGCCAAUAAUAGGAAGCUGCAGCAUCUGCGUUACGUUACAUGGCGUGGUUUGCGGGGUGCGCGGCGUGUGCAGCUUGUGCAGCGGCGAGUGAAGGAGAGUUCUGAGGAGACGGUGGGUGAUACGAGGGGUGACUCGAAGAGUGACGCGAAGAACGGCGAGCGAACUUGCGAGGAGGAGCCCUUGUCUUUGCCGCCCAUCAGCCACCGUAGAGCCAAACGGAGACCCCAACAUGGGCUGGGCAAAGUGCAGCUCAUGAGAAGGUGGAGGAGAUCCAAAAGGAAGUAUGCCCUGGUAAACGACAUGAACAGGAGGAGAAGAAGGAAAAGCGAAUCGUCCAAUUUGGAAAAUCCCCCAAGUGUAAAUGAAGACAAACCGGAGCUGAGCAACUACUUCUACUUCGUGCGGGAGUAUGACGUGCAAAAAUUAUACACGAAGGAAUCCUACUACAUUUAUAACAUCGAAAAUUAUAGGAAGAGAAAAUAUCUGGACGAUAUGAACAAGGAAGAACAGGAACAUUCGAAGAAGAAGCUAUUCUAUUUACACAUAUCUAAAAUAGUGGAGUCAGUAAGGGGAGAUAAAAGAAGAAGAAACAAAACGGGGGGUACAGAAAAAGAACAAAAAACAAGUGCCGUCUUUUUGUUAAAUCCGAGUGACACGUCGAACUCGAUUUUUCACGCACUCAUAUCGGAUAAGUACAAGACCAAGUUGGCCGAAAUUUACCACAAGGAGAGGGAGGCGCUCCGGGAGGAGAAGAAACAACACGCUCUGGAAAAACGAAUUGACGAAAAGGUGAGCGAAAUGGUACUGCUUCGGAGGAAGAUCAAACCAAGUGGGAGCAAAGAAAGGGUCACACAGAAGAAGCCUUUUGGUGGAAAGAAAAAACAGCGAAGGGGUAAACCUUCCCCCGCUGCACAGCAUGAGGAGAUAAAAAAAUAUUUAAAGAAAAACAUCAGAAGGAUGACCAACCGGAACCUCACAAAUGGAAUGAUAAACCAACUUUUGAAUUGCAAAAAUGAUGAAGUGGUCGUCAUUCCGAUAAAUGAACACAUUUCCGUGUACAUAUAUUUCCCGCUACAGUUUUAUUACUUGAGGAAAUUUCUGUGCAAAGGAGAAACAACAUUUUUAAGGUCACUCAUAAAGAGCAACUGCAUCAACUUUGAUCAUAAAAAAAGACACUUUGUAAAAACGUACGACGAUAAGUACAUCAUCAAGGAGAUAAAUAAAUACGAAUUUAAAUCUUUCAUUACAAGAUAUAAAGAAUUUUUUAAACAUUUUUCGGACAUAUUUUUUCGAGGAAAGAAAUCGCUCCUGUGCUUCAUGUUUGGACUGUACCAAAUAGAAAUUAAAAAGAGGAGCAGAAAAACUGUCAAAACGUAUAUCAUUUUGGAAAAUGUAAAAAUCGAAAAUACCAACUCGAAAAUUUUAAUUUUUGAUAUUAAAGGGGCGAGGAAAAAAAAAAAUUUACAAAAAUUGAUCAAGCAGAAUAAGAAGAGCUCCUCCUUUUUCGAUCGAAAUGAUGCCUUCUCGUACAACUCCUGCAAAAUGACGGAGGAAAAGGACAUGUCGGACGAUAAUUCCUCCGGUAUUUCGGAAAAUCUGGGCCACUUUACCAGGUACAUUCGCCGGGAAAAGAGGAUUAGCUUUAAGGGCGCGGCGCUGUCUCCCUCGCGGAUGAACACACUGACGAGCGGGCGAACGAACGGGCGAGCGAACGGAGGGAUGAACGAACGGCCCAAUACCUUUUACAGCAAAACGGGGUACUUGCACUUCCUCUCCGCGGAGGAGACCAGAAAAGCAGAAAGCAAUUCCAAACAGGAUGGUGCAGACCACAUGGGGGGUCUUCAAAACGGGACGGAAGUUUCCAUACCCAAUGGAGACAGUGAAAGAAGGCACGGUCUCAUAGUCAGCAGCGGCAAAGAGGGAGCACCGAAUAAGAAACGUAGAACGAGGAACGGAGUGAGCAGCCAAAGUAACGAAGAAAGGGUGAGGAAGGUUUAUACAAAAGUUAGGCAACAAAUGCUAUGCGGGUCGUUGCGACAACGUCUGGUUGAACCGGUUAAGAAGCCCCAUGGGAAGAGUAGGCUGAGUAAAAAUUUUUCACAAAUGGGUGGGGAGAAAAAAGGCGAUCAGAAAAAUUGGCGCGUCUUUACAAAUGAUAUAGUACACCACACGAGGAUGUUCCUAUCCUUGAAUGGCAAAAUGGCGAAGCUACGGAAGAGGAAAAAUAGACGUAGGGGGAAAGGCACAAAAAGGAUGAGAACCAAAUGUUUAUACAACGCAAAGGCGUCACUGCAUUUUUUGGCCAGAAAAAAGGAGUACAUUCUAAAUAGGGACAAUUUGAGCAGGCACAAAAUAAGGGGAGAAGCUGUAUGCGCCCCACAAGGCAGUACCCCCUCACGGGAAGGAACGUACAGCUUCUUAACCAAAGAAGUGUUAGAUAGUAAAAAUUUGGAGAGCCUAAAUUCGAUGGAAAAAUAUAACAACUUUGCAAUAGAUAACUACAAUUGCUUGAAAAAUUAUACCGUCCUAUUUGAUGACAAUUUUAAAGACUUCAUAAAAUCUAAGGUGAUCAAUUUGGAGUACUGUGAUUACAAAGAUUUGAUGAACUCCUUAAGAGAAGAUACGGACUUCCUAUCCGGGCAGGAUAUUAUGGACUAUUCCCUACUUAUACAUAUGGAUGUGGCCAAUUUUGUAAUCAUUUUUAAAAUCAUUGAUUACUUAAGACCAUACACAUGGGAUAAAUCGGUGGAGAAUUUCAGCAAAAGUGUGUUAUAUUUGACCAAGGGAUACAGACCAACUAUUAUACACUCCGAAUAUUACAAAAAGAGAUUCCUCAGUAACAUUAAAAAGUACAUUUUUUAUUACCUUCCAAUACAUGCUCUUAAAAAAAAAAUUGUCUUUAAAAUAGCUGAGAGGAAAGGCUCCUUUUCUGUGUUCACCCUGAGUAGAGGGCACCCAUUCAAAGUUUAUUUUUUUCACCAACUUUUUAAUUUAAUAUUGAGGUACUAUAAUAAUUACUACAUCUAUAUGAAGUAUUUUAAUGUCCACCAGGCGUCUCUUCGUAAACGCCCAUUUGUAGAUAUUUUCUCGAGCCAAAAUUUGCUUGCCUUUUUAAGCUACUAUCAGAAGGAAUGCUACUUACACAGUUUGGAGGAAAAGAAAAGGGAAGAUGCCCAACUGUGUGACGAUUUUUACCUGCAAAAUGUACUAUCAGAUGAUGAGUUUUCAGCACAGGACUCUUUUUCAAACCCUUUGAAGAGCGAAAUUGCAUUACGUAAUGGAAAUUUAAAUAGAGAAAUAAUGUCGCGCUAUUUUGAUAGCAACAAAGUGAAUAGCAACUCGUCCUACCUGAACAGGGAAGUGGCCACUGCCAAACUGCGGGAGGAGAAUGCGCAUCUGUAUAGCCUCGUUUUUCCGUACUGUACGGUGGAUCAUCGUGGCGACCCCCGGAAUGGCACUGCUGCCUCGUGGAGGGGCGUUGAAAGAGACCUGAAAGGUGAUUCCAAGUGGUACCCAAAAUGCGACCCAAAAUGCGACCCAAAAUGCGGCAUCCAUGGAGGGGACAAUCCCUUCGUCCGCGAAGCGAACAACCCAUCGCGACCGAACAAUCCUGCGAAGGCGAACGGAGAGAAAACCCACGCGCAGGCGGAGCACCCCGCCGACGGCGUGACGAACAUGCCGAACUUUUUCAGCCACAGUGACUCCUUUGACGAACGGGAAUACGAAAAAUUGAAAAAACAAUUUUAUAAAAAAAUUUCCCACUUUCAAAUAAAAAUUUUGAAAAAGUUGCAAAAAAAUAAUUUUAAAAUAGAAGGCAUUUCUCAGCUCGUCCAGAACAACGUCUACUUACAUAUGACCGACACGAAUAUGCAUUACACGAACAUGAACUAUCUGGACGUUUUUAACAUUUAUAACAUUUGUGAGAAGGGCUUUCGCUGGGGGAGCAAGCGCUCCAAAUGCCGCAAAAGGGAAGACACCCUUUUGUACGUUCCGUCCUACUUUCUCUUCGCGCUGAAUAAGAAGUGAGCAGAUUGGCAUGUAAAAGUAGUGCGCGGUGGGAGGGGUUUUUUUGUGGGGGAAAACUGCAACAAAUGCCUCCUAAAUGGGAGGAGCCUUCUUUAUCUAUGGAGAAGCAGCUUGGUUCGCCUUUUUUUUUUGUGUACAUUUGAUUCCCAUUCUUAGUCUGUCAUUCCGUUGUUUUGUUGCCCCAUUGGGGCUGAUUUUUUCCCGCCCCUUUUGCAUAUUUGUUGCUUGUAUGUAUGUAUGUAUGUAUGUAUGUAUUUUUUCUCGCUU